AAAAAUUUUUUGUUUGCGAAAACGAAAUUUAAAUUGUUAAAAUCAUGCAAUUUUACAAAAUUGGCCAUAACUUCCUUAAUAAUCGUUCGAUUUUAAUUUUUCUUUGUGUUUUUAGCUGUAUUUUUUCAUGCCGAUUCCAAAACUGUAUUCAGAUUUUCUCUAGCUCUUAUAGUUCAGGCAGAAUCCACAAAUAAUUUUUUUUUUUAUGCAACUUGCAUGUCUUCUAAGUAGGCUUGCAUAUUUUCUAAGCAGGCUUACUUAGAUUUUAGCAUCUCUUGUUUGUUUUUUGAUUUUCGUUAUCACUUUAAGGUACAACCCACAGGAAUAUCUCAAUUUUCAAUUGGUUUCUUAAGUUUGAAAAGGAAAAUGGUAGGGAUAUUAGGUAGGAUGUUGUUGUUUUUUCUGUGUCUAAAUUUUAGUUUCGUACGGUCUGUUUCCUGUAAUUGAUCUUUUCUUAUUUUAAAAAAAAUGUCCGAUAUUAAUCGUGUCCUUGAUUUAGAAACAUUUUUACAUGAAGAAUUACAACAUUUCGAUGAUUUUGAGAAUUUUAAUGAAAUUAUUGACCUGGAUAAUAAAAAUGAGUGUAGUUUCGGUGAUAAUAUGGAAUUAGAUAAAGAGUGUUCCAUGAAAGGUGAAAUUUUUGAUCUGGAUAAUAAAAAUGAGUGCAAUUUUGGUGAUGAUAUGGAAUUAGAUGAAGAAUGUUCCAAAAAAAGUGUUAUAUUUUCUACAAGUAAUAAAAGAAAAUUGUGUGAACAUUCUGAUGUGCCGAACAGAAAAUGUUUUCGACAAGAGGAUAAUGUGAUACCUACGACAAGUUCUACACUGACUUUAGUAGAGAGUGUUAAUGUGUUUAACGAGGACCAUUCCUGGAAAGAGGACGAAAAAAUAAAUUUGGUACCUACUAAAAAACAGGUGGAAGAGAAAAGAGAUACUAAACUACUCUUAAGACUGGGAUCCGAGAACUUUGAGUUAUUUAAUUCAAGGAAUUCUAUAAAUUCCUUAUCAGUUUUCGAAAAGUUGACUGCAUCGUUAAAGAAAUACGAUAUUUGGAGACCAAGAGAGGGAUUUUUUCCUGAUUUCAUAGUUUCAUAUAACAUGAUGAGAUUCACUGGAAAGGCUUGGUGGUCUGAUUUACCGUGUGAGAAUUUAAUAAGAUUUGUUCUUGUCCGGCAAUUAAAUUCAGUUGGACCUAAUGGCGUAUUUUUCUUGGAAGGGAAAUAUUUCAUUUUUGAAUUUUUCAAACUUAAAAUUGUUCAUGGAGAACAGAUAUCAUGGGUUGGAAAUAAGAGAAUACUGUUAGACAUUCCUACAGUUACUUAUAAAGGCAAUAAUAUAAUUUUACCUUUUGAAUUUGCUUCAAAGAGGGAAACUAUUCUCAGGGACCACAAAUUAUUAUUUGAUAAGUUUUUUCAUACUGGGGAAAUCUUUUGUCUUUAUCAUCGGACAGUAAAGUUUGUGGAUAAUUCACUGGUUCGAGUUUGUGGAUAUGACCAAUGGUUUGAUGAUAACUUUAAACAAUUGGUAUAUAGAGAGAAACGAUUAAACAUCAGAGUCUACAGUCUACGUUUCGAUAUUCCUUUUGAGUGGAAGAUUAAUUUAUUCGGUACUAAAGAGGAAGGAAUUUCUAGUAUAAAAAGGCAUGUGUUGGAAUCGAGGGACCCUUUAGGAACUCCAAUCCUUGUUGGUGGCGUGAAAUGGAUGCUACAGGGAACUAAGGUGAAUCGUGUAAGUGUGCUUUUUUUUGUAUUUCAUUAUAUAUUUUCUAUUUCUGAUAGAAAAAUUUUCUUCUUUUUGUUUCAGUAUUUCGGACCUUGACGGAUAAUAAUA